GUCAGCGUUGUGUUUUCCAUUGGAGAAAUGAGGGCUGAGGUGCUGGUCGUCUGGGUGGGUUUGACCCUGUGCUGCGCUCUGGUCUGGACUCGAGAAGAUAUGAGGGAGGACAAACUCUCCAGAGGCCCGGCUCAGGUGGGAGAAGCCCGGGGACUGGUGGAGCACAGGAGACGGGGGGAGGAAGGGGAUGUUGAGAUGUCGGACGAGCCUGCUGAAGUGGUGGAAGAGAAGACAAAACCAAAGAAGAAGAAAACACCUGAGGAAAUUGAGGCAGCCAGGGCAAAGAAAGCAGCAGAGAAGGAAGCCAAAGCCAAGAAGCAGAAAGCCCCAAAGCCCACCAAAAAGCCAAAACCUCCGAAACCCACCAAAAAACCCAAAGCACCAAAACCCACAAAGAAGCCAAAGGCGCCCAAAGCCACCAAGAAACCGAAGACAACAACCACAGCGCCGCCGGAGAGGAGGCGUCCAUCUGUGGAGGAGGAAGAGGAGAAACUGCUGAUUGAACUGGGCUGGGACACACUGUUUCGUCCUGUGACCCCAAAGGGGCCUCGAGGGGUAGAGCCUGUUGAGCCAGACCUGGUUGACGUCUCCAAGAGGCCGACACCUCCAACAAAAACUGCCAGUGAGCUCGACGCUGACUACUGGGACGCCAGACAUGAGGUUCCCGGUGGAUACCCGGAUAAGAAAGAAGGCACAACUACUGAGGUCAUCAUGUAUAUACCAGAGGAAACCACCACCGUCCCAUUUGUCGGGCCCUGGUAUGAAGAAUAUGAUUACGCCGACUUGGCUGCUAAGAAACAGGAAGAAGAGGAGGAGAGAGCUCGCAAAGAAAAGGCAGAAAAAGCUGAGCGGCUGAGGAAGCAGUGGGAGGAGGAGGAAGAGGAGAGACUGAAGCAGAUGUCAGUGCCGGUGGAACCAAAAAAGUGUCCUCCUCUGGGUUUAGAGUCCCACCGGGUGGAAGACGACCAGCUGCUGGCUUCCUCUCAGUCUCACCACGGCUUCGCGGCUCAGAGGGGACGACUCAACAUGCAGGGCUCCGAUAAUGAGGACGACCUGUACGGCGGUGGAUGGUGUGCAGAGGCAGAAGAGAGGAACCACUGGUUUGAGGUCGAUGCCCGCCGAGAGGUGGAGUUCACAGGGGUCAUCACUCAGGGAAGAAACUCAGAGCAGCAUGAGGAUUUUGUGUCCUCCUACUUCGUGGCCUUCAGUAACGACAGUCGAGACUGGACUACACUGCAUGACGGCUACGCUGAAUGGUUGUUCUAUGGGAACGUGGAUCGGGACACACCGGUGAUGAGCCAGUUUUCUACGCCCGUGGUGGCGCGCUACAUCCGCAUCCUGCCUCAAAGCUGGAACGGCAGCUUGUGUCUGAGAGCUGAGAUCUUGGCCUGUCAACUUCCCAGCAGCUACCGCAGUGAGAAUGAGGUCAACCCGUCAGAUGACCUGGACUUCAGACACCACAACUACAAGGAGAUGAGACAGAUGAUGAAGGUGAUAAACGAAGAGUGUCCCAACAUCACCAGGAUCUACAACAUCGGUAAAAGCUCUCAGGGCCUGAAGAUGUACGCCAUGGAGAUCUCUGACAACCCCGGAGAGCAUGAGACAGGUGAACCUGAGUUUCGGUACACAGCUGGUCUCCAUGGUAACGAGGCGCUGGGUCGAGAGCUUCUCCUCCUGCUGAUGCAGUUUCUGUGCAAGGAGUACAAUGACGAAAACCCCAGAGUGCGCCGCCUGGUGGACGGAGUGAGAAUACACCUGGUGCCUUCACUCAACCCCGACGCUUACGAGCUAGCAUAUGAGAUGGGCUCAGAGAUGGGGAACUGGGCACUGGGCCACUGGACCGAAGAAGGUUACGACAUCUUCCAGAAUUUCCCAGAUCUCAACAGCAUCUUGUGGGGAGCCGAGGACAGAGGCUGGGUCCCUCGUGUCGUGCCCAACCAUCACAUCCCCCUCCCAGAAAACUCCCUCAAUGGCUCACUCGCGACUGAGACCAAAGCCAUCAUUUCCUGGAUGGAGCGCAAUCCAUUUGUGCUGGGAGCCAAUUUGCAAGGAGGAGAAAAACUGGUGGCAUACCCUUUUGACAUGCAGCGUCCACCAGUUUCUUUAACCGAUAGCCGACGUUGGAGGAAUAAUGCUGACAUGAACGAGGAGACAUGGGCUCGCAUUCAGCGGCAGAACGAGGGAGCUCUGAGGGAGACGCCCGACGACGCCAUGUUCCGAUGGUUGGCGAUGUCCUUCGCCCACAGCCAUCUGACCAUGACGGAGACCUACCGAGGCUCCUGCCAUGGUGAUGAUAUCACAGCUGCACAGGGAAUCACCAACAGAGCCAGCUGGAAGCCAGUGGUGGGCAGUAUGAAUGACUUCAGCUACCUGCACACCAACUGCUUUGAGCUGUCAAUCUUCUUGGGCUGUGACAAGUUUCCUCAUGAAAGUGAACUGGCUCUGGAGUGGGAGAACAACCGCGAGGCUCUGCUGUCCUUUAUUGAGCAGGUACAUCGAGGGAUAAAGGGUGUAGUGAGAGACAUGGAGGGGAAUGUGCUGCCUAAUGCCACCAUAUCUGUGGAGGGAAUACGGCACGAUGUCAAAACCGCUGUCGGUGGUGAUUACUGGCGGCUGUUGAAUCCCGGAGAGUACAAGGUGACCGCCAAAGCCGACGGCUACACCCCUCAGACCAGACUGUGCAUGGUGGGCUACGACGCUGGAGCCACUCCAUGCAGCUUCACCUUGGCCAAAUCCAACUGGGACCGCAUCAAGCAGAUCAUGGCUCUCAGCGGCAAGAGGCCCAUUCGACUUGUCCCCAAAGUGGUGAAAACGACCGCCGCCAGCGCAGUGGAGGUCACCAGCACCACGGAGAGUCACGCCAACUCUCAGAACGCAGAGAGGCUCAGGCGGCUCAGGAUCAUGCGUCUGCGCCGGAUACGGCAGCAGAGGUUACGAGCCGGUCUUCGUACCACUUCUACUACCACAACAACCACCACCACCACCACCACAACGACGACGACGACGAGAGCCCCCACAACAUUACCCGUAACAGAGACCACCACCUCCUGGUACGACUCCUGGUUCCCUGUGGACAACUGGUCGACUGAGAACCCGUUCGAUAGCGUCAUCUUUGACCCCGUGGCCACACAAGACUAUCCUUUUGAGUACACCAUCGAUUGAUUACUACGUUCCCCACAUCUAUGUUAUACAAAGACCUUACUAACCACUUCAGUUUGCUGCAACAGCACAGCUUUACAAAUGCACAAUACAUAGGUUGUUCAAUGUUUAGUUCUCACAAAGUCAUCUUAAGGGAACGAUCAUAAGAUAAAUAUGUGUUGGAAAAUUCUUCAUAGAGAAUUGAUCUGGAAUAGAAAGCUUCUGCUGAGCAGAGACUAUACAGCACAGGUUUAAUUGGCUCUAUGUUCAGUAAAACAAUAUAAAGUACGCCACAAUACAAACAGGAUAUGAUUAGGUACUUCUCCAUUAGAAAUGUAUGCAUAUCUCUACGUUUCUUUAAUGGCUUUACAGUGUGAUUGCUGGCCUCAGUUAAACUGAUUCAAUGUACUGCUGAAUGCAUUUGAUUAAAGUGAAGUUAUUUUCUAAA